CAACACACCAGAGGAACCAAGCAACAGAACGUGCUAUGCAACGGGGCCUUGCUGUCUUGUGCUUUCUUCUGCUUCCUGCCUUCUCCAACUGGUGGCGACCACGGCGGUGUGUCGCUUGCGGGCAUUCCACACAAUGCGAAGGGCAGCGCUACCACUGGUGGUGGUGGUGGGUGUGGUGGUGGCUGGUGUUGUGUGGCUGCCGUGUGGUGGGGAUGCGCAGCAUGCGGCUGCGGGUGGAGUGGAUGCUGGAGAGACAAUGGGGCACAGCCAGGUGUCUGCGCGCUUGAUGCAGUUCAGCGCUGCGGAGUUGGUGAAGCGGGCACAGCAGCUGCAUCGCGACUUUGCAGACGCGCCCUCCAAGGACGUGGGCGCCGUUGUCAACGCGUACCUGUCCAUGGCGCUCGUCCAGCAGCCAAUGGACGCCAGCAUUUGGGCCCAGGUGGCCGAUCUCCACUUCCAGCUCGUUCAGCCCUGGCACAUGCUUCGUGCAGCCACAAUCGCUGCGCUCGUCGCGCAGGAAGCCCGUGAACAUGAGGAGGAUGGCGACGAUGGCCGUGCAGGCCGUGGGAGCAACGCCUCUGGGCACCAACGAGCACAUGGGCAUGUCGCCGACGACAGCUCAGUCGCAGCCAAGCGCAGUGAGGAACAUACACUCUCUCCUUCACCAUUGAAGCAGCAGCAGCAGCAGCAACAGCAGCAGCAACAGCAACAGCACUACGCUGCCCUGUUGCGCAAGUACUACGGUUUCAUCAAGUACCAGCUGGGGGAAGCCGAGUUUGCCCUCAUCAAGGACCGCUGCACGCGGCUGGAGCAGCAGUGGACAGCCGCCACAUCCAGGCAGGAACGCAUCGCUCUCGCGCUGCGACUCGUCAGCGACGAUAGCAAGCACAGUAUGGUUGAUGAUGAUGGUGACAGCAUCGCUGCCGUGGACACGCGCCCGCUUCGCAGCUCUGCUGCUUGCAGAGCCUUCCACCCCGCUUGGAGCACGGAGCGAGCUGAGCCAUAUCGCGUGCAUGACCUAUUUGCUACACCGCUGUUGCACGUGAACGUGAAGGAGGCCGGCGACGUCGACGACCUUGUCGCCUUGAACAGCGCCUUAAACAGCAUCGCCAUCGACAAGUGGGCAAGCUUCGCUCGCGUGGGCGCAGACACCAACAUCACGCUGUCGGCAGUGAACACGCUCUUCUUCCAGUGGCAACAGGGCUUGCUUCACCCACGGUCGCCACGCUACAGCGAUGGGCGCGUGGGCGAAGACGCCACAGGCUGGCACGACCUUGCAGUGCUGCCUGCCUUUGCGCAGCUCCGAUCGCUCAUCCGAAAGUACAUGAGCGCGACGCUGCAUUGCAUGGGCCGGCAAAUGGACACGCGCGAGAUGGACCUGUUUGCCUGGGCCACGGUGCACAUUGGCGCGAGCACGCACGCACAGCACGUGCACCAGAACAACGCCUUGAGCGCCGUGUACUACUCCAAGGUCCCCGAAGGUGCCGGCCACAUUGUGUUUCAGGACCCGCGCACCCUCGCUGUCUCUGAUCGCAUCAGCGCGCCCAUGCCGACAAAGGCCGGCUUCCAUCCGCGAGAGGGUGACCUCAUUGUGUUUCCGAGCUGGUUGCAGCACCAGGUGGUACAGGGCUCCAACACGCGCGAGCACAGGGUGUCGUAUGCCUUUAACCUUGGUGGCACAUGGGGCGAUGCCAUCUGAGUGUAUGAGUGUGUGCGCGCGCGCGUGUGUGUGCGUGUGUGCGUGUGUGUGCGUGCGUGUGUGUGUGUGUUUACACUCACACUCACACUCAUACUCACAACACACAUACUCUCUCUCUCUCUCUAUGUGAGUGUGUGCCUUCUGCGCACACAUGUGCUGUUGCGCACCUCCCCUCCCACCCGCAAUCCUCCACAGACACAUAUGUUUGAUUGGCCGUGGCGUCCGUUAUGACAUCAUGUAAUUCAGACCCAGAGGGACCCCGUGC